CUGAUGGUUUAAGCAGCAGUCCUGUCACAUGCCCUGCUUGUGAAAACAAGUCUUGAACAUUCACUACGAGCUGCACAGGAAGCCAAAAGGAUAUAAAUAUUGACCCACAGCCCAUCACCUUCUAGUGGGAAGUAAGGUUCAACCUUUUAUGAGAUCCUUUCCCAGAAUACUUUUUUGAUUGAUUAUUAUUUAAACUUGGGUCAGACAGCUAACUAUAGUCUUAAGGUCCAGAAACCUGAUCACAAUGAUUUGGCUGCUACAGUUCUUGUUCUCGCCACUCCCAACACCGGCACUGAUUGGCCUUAUUACCCUUGGAGUGAUGAUGUUCCUGUGGGUGGCAAACAGACCAAAACCUAUUAUACCUCCUGUUGACUUGAACAAUCAGUCGAUAGGAAUUGAGGGAGCAGCUAGAAGAAGUGCCAUCUUGCCAGAUAACAAGUUGCUUUGUUACAUCUACGAAGAUGCCAAAACCCUGUAUGAGGCCUUCCAAAGGGGACUACAUGUAUCUGGAAAUGGACCAUGCUUGGGCUAUAGAAAACCAAAACAGCUGUAUCAGUGGCUGACUUACAAACAGGUGUCAGAAAGAGCUGAAUAUCUGGGAUCGGGGCUCUUGCAGAAAGGAUGCAAAUCAUCACCAGACCAAUUUGUUGGUAUCUUUGCUCAAAACAGGCCAGAGUGGAUCAUCUCGGAGUAUGCCUGCUACACUUACUCAAUGGUUGCUGUUCCGCUCUAUGACACUCUGGGGCCAGAGUCCAUUGUAUUUAUUGUUAACAGAGCUGACCUCACCACCGUGAUCUGUGACAAGCCUGAAAGGGCGCAGGUCCUGCUAGAUAACUGUGAGCAAGGGAAGACUCUUGGACUGAAGACUAUCAUCCUAAUGGAUCUCUUUGACAAUGAACUCAAAGAAAGAGGAGCCAAAAUGGGAGUGGAGAUUCUGCUGCAGCAGGAAGUUGAGGAGCUGGGCAAAAACAACUGGCAGAAACCAAAGCCUCCCAAACCUGAGGACCUUUGCAUUGUGUGUUUCACUAGUGGAACCACAGGUGACCCCAAAGGAGCCAUGAUAACCCAUGAAAAUGUUAUAGCAGAUGCUGCUGCUUACAUCAGAACUAUUGAGGGUAUGUGUGAGAUAACAGAAUUGGAUAUUUCAAUAUCCUAUCUUCCACUGGCUCACAUGUUUGAGAGGGUAGUGCAGACUGUAUUGUACACCUGUGGAGCAAAAGUGGGUUUCUUCCAAGGAGACAUCAAACUGCUAACUGAUGACAUGAAAACCUUGAAGCCAACACUGUUUCCAGUGGUGCCAAGACUGCUCAACAGGGUGUAUGACAAGAUACAAAGUGGUGCAUGUGGCUCACUGAAGAAGUUCUUGCUAGCAGCUGCUGUGGCUGCAAAAACAGCUGAAUUAAAGCAGGGCAUCAUUCGGAACAACAGCAUCUGGGAUAAACUGAUUUUUAAAAAAGUCCAGGAAACCAUGGGUGGGCAGCUGCGUGUGAUUGUAACAGGAGCAGCUCCCAUCUCUCCCACUGUCAUGAUCUUUCUUCGAGCAGCAUUGGGGUGUCAGAUCUUUGAAGCCUAUGGUCAGACAGAAUGUGCAGCUGGAUCUACAGUCUCAAAUCCUGGAGACUGGACAACAGGUCAUGUUGGAGCCCCUCUGGCUUGUAACAUUAUAAAGCUAGAAGAUGUUGAAGAAAUGAACUAUUAUUCUGCCAAUAAUGAAGGAGAGGUUUGCAUCAAAGGGCCAAAUGUAUUCCAAGGUUAUUUGAAAGAUCCUGAGAAAACAGCAGAAGCCCUGGACCAGGAUGGCUGGCUUCACACUGGAGAUAUUGGGAAAUGGAUGCCAAAUGGAACUCUGAAGAUCAUUGACAGAAAGAAGAACAUCUUUAAGUUGGCACAGGGGGAGUAUGUCGCACCAGAAAGAAUAGAAAAUAUCUACAUCAGAAGUUCUCCUGUAUCGCAAGUUUUUGUCCAUGGGGAAAGUCUGAGGUGCUCUGUAGUGGGUAUUGUGAUUCCUGACCCAGAGACACUUCCAGGAUUUGCCGGAAAACGAGGAAUAAAAGGCUCCUAUGAAGAAAUCUGCAAAAACUUGGAAAUAAAAAAUGCUAUUUUAGAAGAUAUGAUCAAGCUGGGGAAAGAAGCUGGCCUUAAAUCCUUUGAACAAGUUAAGGACAUCUACAUUCAUCCAGAAGCACUCACCAUUGAAAAUGGAUUCUUGACCCCAACACUGAAGGUGAAAAGAGCGGAGCUUACUAAAUACUUCAAGCCUCAAAUUGAAGACCUCUAUGCAAAUAUUAAGGAAUAAGAUGGCUUGUUUUCAAUAAGUUUACAGAUUCCCAUGGAAUAACAAAGUAACCUCAGGACAGUAGUCCACUACUCAAAGCAAGUGGAGUGGGGAGUGAAAGGAACUCUUAUGUGAAAUUUUUCCCAAAAAAUUAUGUGGGGGAGGAAAGGAAGCAAAGGACUUGACUCGCUUCCAAAUUUUUUUUGUACUACGAAGCUGGUUAUGGUUAUAACCAUAAAUGAAGAUGUAAUGUUUCAAUUGGAUUCUUCUGGUGAUCAAAUGUUCUUGGGAACACAACUAGUGCAAGCAGUUUUGGAGUUGCUUCGUUCCCUUGGCACAAGUAAAUUUAACUUCCCAAGGCAAGACUUGCUACAAGGCAACUGAGCAGGUUCCAAAAAGCAUUUAAUCUUCCCCCCCCCCCCCAAACUUUUGUAUUAGUUUUUGUUGCCCUCCACUACUUUAUUCAACUUCUUGAAGCUGUUGGCUGGAAGAUUAACUUUAAACUUGCAACCAUGUGUUUGUGUUUUGUUUUGUUUUGUUCAGGCAGCAUUAUGCUGACAGCUAGGCCAAAUUCUUCACCAUGAACUCUGAGCUUGCCACACUCCUGAAGCUCUUCAGAGCAGGAGUCUCAAAUACUGGAAGUUCAUGCUACGCCUUCUGGGAAGUCUGGCAUGGUCUCACUCCUUGCCAACACUUUUGUGGCCUGCCAGUCCUAAACUUGAACAGGGCCUCUGUCAUUGUUCACAUCUAGUCUUCCUGAAUUAACUCUUCUAGCACGAUGACUAGAGUCAAUGAAGUUGCAAUGACUUGACUGCACAAUGUGCUGAGCUACUUGAGACACAGUAGCUGAAGAUGUUGUUCUUGAAAAUAGUAGUGGCCAUAUUUGUUGAAAAGUGAUGGGUUAUUAAUAAGCCUAAAGCCCUGUACUUCAGCUGUUGUCUAUAAAGGUUAUUGCUGUAUGUAAAGUGAUGAAUGAUGCAGUUAUAAAAUUUAUUAAAUUCAGGUUUUGACAUUCUGU